AUGUCGGGAGAUAUCAACGUUGCCGUUGCAUCAUUUAUAGAUAGACUGAAAAGAAGACAGGUGUAUGGAUCUUACCAAGUCUCUUUAGAGACGCUCCAGCUCUUGAAACGGUUUGUUUCUGCGGCCAGAUGGUCCGGUAUAGACGAUUUGAUCGCUCAACUGCGAGAACUGGGUCUGAGACUGGGCAAAGCGCAGCCCACAGAAUUCACUUGUGGUAAUAUCAUCAGAAGAGUACUGGCUUUGAUCAGAGACGAAGUGGAGGAAGAGGCUGCCCAGCAAAAUCAGCUCCAUAAAACCGCAGAGCCCAUGAUUUCGUCAAUGUUCAGUCUUUUGCAAAAACCGGCCACAACUUCAUCUGCCAAUUCUGCCACCGCUACUCCCAGCGCUGCUCCUGUACCGCAGCAAAACUCCACAACAAAAGCAGACAUGCGUCAGGUUAUCAUACAGGGAAUCAAGGAUCUGAUAGACGAGAUCGCAAACAUCGACGAUAGCAUUCAACAGAUCGCCAUCGACCUUAUCCACGAUCGUGAAAUUCUGCUGACUCCUACCCCAGAUUCCAAGACUGUUCUCAAGUUUCUCAUCAAAGCCCGCGAACGCAACAACAGAAACUUCACGGUUCUUGUUACAGAGGGUUUCCCCAAUAACACGCAGGUCGCCCACCAGUUUGCGAAAAAACUGUCUGAGCACGGCGUAGAAACAACUGUCAUACCCGAUACUGCAGUUUUUGCACUUAUGAGUCGUGUGGGCAAAGUCAUUAUUGGUGCUAAGACCGUUUUCACCAACGGUGGCACUAUCUCGUCCACUGCCGGUGUUUCCUCCGUGUGUGAAUGUGCUCGUGAAUUCAAGACGCCUGUUUUCGCUGUAGCUGGUCUAUACAAGCUCUCGCCUCUCUACCCAUUCGACAUCGAGAAAUUCGUGGAAGUUGGUGGCUCACAGCGCGUUUUGCCCAACAUGGAAAACCAUCGCUUGGGAAAUCACAACAGGCUAGAUACCGUGAAUCCAAUUGCCGAUUACGUGCCGCCUGAGAACAUCGAUAUCUACAUUACCAAUAUCGGUGGGUUUGCUCCCAGCUUCAUAUACCGUGUGGUGUGGGACAACUACAAGCAGCAAGACGUGAAUCUGGGGACCACCACUAAAAGGUGA